AUGUUUGCUCAAUUAACUGCGUGGAAGGUUAAACGGUUGGUAUUUAAACGUUGCCAACAUGGAAUUGGUAGUCACUCUUUAUCUAGUCUGGAUGUGUUGUUUUUUGGGAGCGAUGAGUUCAGUAUUCAUGCAUUGGAUAGUUUAAGGUCUCUGCAGAACAAUUAUCCACCACUGGUGAAGGAUAUUCAAGUUGUCACUAGGAAACCUAAAUGGUGUGGAAGAUAUAAGUCCGUAUUAAAGCAUACUCCAAUUGUUGAGCAUUGCAAAACGAUAGGGUUGAGAGAACCAUUGCUGUGUGAUUCGAAACAAGAUAUGCUUGAUAUUGGUGAUGUACAUAAUUACGACAUGGUGGUUGCAGUUUCGUUUGGGAAAUUGAUUCCAUCAAAGUUACUGAGCAAAGCAAAAUAUUCUUUAAAUAUCCAUCCAUCGUUGCUCCCGAGGUACAAAGGGGCGUCUCCCAUCCAAUAUGCGCUUCUGAAUAGGGAUACAGAGACUGGGGUCACUAUACAGACAUUACAUCCGAAUAAAUUCGACCAUGGCAGAAUAAUAGCACAGACACGUCCGCUGUCUACUAGUGACUUGCUAGCGAAAGGUGUGGUGUCUGAGUUCCCAGAAAAGACUCCUAUAUACACUGCUAUUUUAAUGGAUCAACUUGGACUAGUAGGAGGAGAGUUACUUAAGAAAGUGAUAUCAGAGCAAUUAUAUACAGAUCAAAACAAAAGCAUAGAGUCUGGUCAAGUCUUUGAAGCAAGCUACGCUUCGAGGAUUACUUCGGCAAUGAAGCAGAUCUCUUGGAACACUGACGAGGCCAUUGAUCUGGUUGUCAGACUAAAUACGCUGGGACCUCUUUUUGCGCCAAUAAAAGUGCUUAUGAGGAAGAAUGGCAAUGUAAAUAAAAGGAUAAUCUUUCAUGAUUUCACUGUAUGUAGUAAUUAUCAAGAGAAACUAGGCUCUCCUGGCCAAUUCUGUUACGAUGACAAAUCAAUGACGGUGGUUGUAUGUUGUGCAAACAACAGUUAUAUCCAGGUAAAAUCGUUGCAAUUCGAAGGGUUCACUGUCGAGACAGCUUCUGAGUUUGUCAGACGGUUUCGCAAACGAUGCGGCAACAAGACUGAGAGUACGUUUGAGUUUGUAUAA